ACACAGUACAAUUGCACUCGCCCAACUCCCACACACUCAAGUUCUAAACACCUAAUCCAAAUCUUCCUGAUAGUUAUGCGACGUCGCCCGUCUUCGCCCCAGCUACUUUUGGGAAUACGAGUCGUCUAACCAGCUGCGUUAUGUUUGUUUUCUUCAACCUGCCUGAUCUUCCUCUUCUUCCUCUCCUCCUGCUCUCAUCCCAUCUGCACUUCUUCCAAUCCAACGGUUAAUACACUCCAACCCGAAACCCACGUUCUACAUAUACACGUCCACGCACUCGCAUCUUCGCAAAACCACAUAUACCAACUAUAGAUUCAUUGCAAAAGACAUUGUUGUAUGUACUGUCCAGCUAUUCCACCACAUAGCAAGGCAGUACCGCGGCAAGAAUGCCCCCAAAGAAGGACUCGGGAACGUCAUCGCGCCCAGCCGAUCGACCUCCUCAUAUCCGCACCUCCUCCUCCAACAGCGUACGGCACGACGCCCAUGCACCACUCACCCCAAGCCAGCUGAGGAACGUUCAUGUUCCUUCUGAGGCUUCAGGGUCUAUCUCUCCAGAGAACACAAUGUCACAACCUCCACCUCACCACCACCGCGAUUCCCAUGCCGACGGUGGCUCUGCUCACCCAGACGUCGAAAUCUCCAACGAUGGCAUACUGCCAGCCCCCGAUCAUGCUUCCGUGCAUUCCAACGACCAAAUUUCCGACCCAAGGCAUCAAGCUGGCCUCGCCGAUCUAGACUUGGAACCCACCGUUCGCUCUCGAUUGUUGAGUCACCAGAAUUGGGAUGCAGCAUCAGGCUGCGGGAGUGAAAAUUGUGAUCAUGGCACAAUGUCACCAAGACCGUGGUCCUCGAGGAGCUAUGGCACCACUUCCUCUACCGCUUACCAACUGGGCUUUGGUGGUCGAUAUCCUGGCGCGUCCCCGGGGGAAGGAGAGAGUGCAGACGCGACGCAGGCCCUCUUGGGAGAUACAUUUAUAGACGGCGUUCUGGGCGGUGGCAGCGGCAAUCAGAAGAGCACGACCCGCCAUCUCGCCGAGAGUCAUGGCAUCAAAAAUCGCAGGUUGAUGUAUUUGGCAUAUUACAUACCUGUGAUCAACUGGGCGCAGCAGUACAAAUGGAGAUACUUUAAAGGCGAUUUGAUUGCAGCUAUUACCAUGGCAUCCUUCUACAUUCCCAUGGCUUUGUCAUAUGCCUCCAACCUGGCUCACGUCCCACCAAUCAAUGGCCUGUACGCAUUCGCAAUCAAUCCGCUUAUUUAUGGCAUACUGGGUUCGUGCCCACAGAUGGUUGUAGGACCGGAAGCGCCUGGAUCGCUCUUGACCGGCGAGGUAGUCAGGGAAAAUAUCAAACGGGGUACAGCGGCCGAUCAAGACGGACAGCUGAAUGCAGAGAUCGCUGGUAUAGUCACAUGCAUGGCAGGCACAUUCAUCUUCAUUGCUGGCUUAUUUCGACUCGGCUUUCUCGACAAUAUCCUUAGUCGCCCCUUCUUACGCGGAUUCAUCAGCGCUAUUGGUAUUGUCAUCUUCGUGGAUCAGUUGAUCCCCGAAAUGGGGCUAGCAAGACGAGCUGCAGAUGAAGUUUCGCACGGAAGCUGUCUUGAUAAAAUAGUGUUCCUCGUCCGCAAUGUUGGCAAUGCCCACGGCCUCACCACUGCAGUAUCCUUUGGAUCUUUCGGUAUCAUCAUGUUCUUCAGGGAACUCAAGAAGCGAUUACAAUCUCGUUACCCAGCCGUUGCUUACAUACCCGACCGAUUCGUUGUCGUCGUUCUUUCGGCUAUCCUGGCUUGGAAGUUCCAGUGGGAUCAACAUGGUCUUGCCAUUCUGGGCAAUGUCCAUUCAAGUGGGCGCAUCUUCUCGAUCCAUUUCCCAUUCGAGGCCUCGCAUCUCAAGUAUGCGUCGGAUGCAGUCAACACGGCUCUCAUCAUAGCACUUCUUGGAUUCUUCGAGUCUUCCGUCGCUGCAAAAUCACUUGGAAGCGGUGACAGGGCGCAAGAUGGCGUACAGAUGCAAAUCAGCGCAAAUCGCGAGCUCAUAGCCCUUGGAACCGCAAACAUCACAGGCGGUCUCUUCAUGGCCCUUCCAGCAUUCGGCGGUUAUGGGCGUUCCAAGGUCAAUGCUUCGACCGGCGGUCUGACACCGAUGAGUUCAAUUUUGCUCUCAAUCAUCACUAUUCUGUGCACCUACUUCCUGUUGCCCUUCUUCUACUACCUUCCGAAAGGAGUCCUUUGCUCCAUGGUAUCUGUUGUGGCAUACUCCCUAGUCGAGGAGGCACCACACGACAUUAAGUUUUUCUGGAACAUCCGGGGUUGGAGUGAAAUGUUCCUGAUGUUUGUCAUUUUUUUGGUCACCAUCUUCUGGGAUCUGAAACGUGGGAUUGCAGUUGGCAUGGGCCUGUCAAUUCUUCGUCUUAUUCGACACUCGACUCGUCCUCGCAUCCAAAUUCUUGGCCGUGUUCCUGGGACGACGGACAAAUUCGCCAACGCAGAAUUAGAUCCAGAGAAUCUGGAGUUCAUCGAAGGCUGCAUGAUAGUCAAGAUUCCAGAGCCGCUCUACUUUGGCAACACCGGCGAGCUACGGAACCGGCUCAAGCGCCUAGAAGACCAUGGCACGAACGCGGCUCAUCCUGCUCUGCCAAGAGUGAGGCGGAGGGAGCACAACAAGAAUAUCAUCUUCGACGUUCAUGGCGUCACCUCGUUGGACGGCGCUGGCGCCCAAGUGCUGUCAGAAAUCGUGGCUGGUUAUGUGGCACGAGGGGUCAAAGUGUUCUUCUGUAGAGUACCGAACGAGCGAUCCCCAGUCUAUAAGUUGUUUGAAACCAGCGGAAUAGUCGAAAUGUGCGGUGGACGCCGGCAUUUUGUGCACAGCGUCGAGGAGGCUCUGAGAAUGACAGAGCUUGAGAGGCUUACGGAGUCGCUACAGAGCGAGGCCAACAGCAUAAUAGCAUAAAGGCACAAAGGGAUUGUCAAUAAAUGGUCAUCAAAUGAUUCAAACAUUUAGAAGCAUUGUGUGUAAUUUCAAACUGCACGAACCCUAGCGGCAUCUACCAAGCUGCACGGAGUGUUCAAAAAUCUCAUAACGGGCUCAGUGGUCACGUUAAGCUAUCUGUUCGCCACAGGUUACUUUAACAUUUCUGGCUCUACGUAGUUACCCACGGUGGAAAACGCAUUAUUAUCACGUCUUGCUUGCUCGAAGAGGUGGUGUGAAAUGAAUGCCUCGAGUAGGAGAUGAGUCGCCCGCGCCAUCCUUUGUCGCCCUUCAGCAUAGUUACCCGCAACGCAUGCGCCAUGUUCGCCGUGCAAAGCAGCCUUCCCCACGGGGGUUAUCGGAUAUAUUUUCGGCGAUUCACCUUCGUAUUUCCAAG